GUCAGAUGGUUCAAUCCAAAUUUGUGUUACGAGGGUGUUGAUCGCUGUACCAAGGACUCUCUCGGAUCCGAGCGUCAGCCUCAGCUCCCGACUCCCUGUCCCAUGUCCCGAGCUUUGGGCGUGGCACGUCAGCCCAACAUCGGACAGGGCAUGUAUCAGCACAAACCCGACAUGUCGUCCCUGUCAGCUGAUCCCGCCCAUGUCCACAACGCCCUACCCAGCCCGGCUCGUUCGGUCCACCGUUCUCUUGGACAGGUGGAUCCCGGCGCCGGCCCCGAUGUGUCAGCACCCACAAACGGCGUUGGCAAUACACACUCCAAUGCCAACCCCUCCGGUCAAGUCUCUACCUCAGCAUCGGAUCUAGGCAAUGCACCCAAGCCCGGCCCCACAGCUCCGCCUGCCGAGCCCAUCGUCAAGGUGACAAGGGGUCACUCAUGCGUUCUCUGCCAGAAACGAAAAGUGAGGUGCGACAAGACCAAGCCUUGUUCUAAUUGCGUCAAGGCAGGCGUCGAGUGCCACGUGGAGCCACCUCUUCCCCCCAAUAGGGCUCGAGGAGCCAAGAAAACGCUCCAACGUGAUCUCAUCAACCGCCUCAAACGGUACGAGUCCCUGCUGGCCCAGCAUGGAGUCGCCUUUGAUGCCAUGUCUAAAGACCUGAGGCCCUCAGGCAUCAUUGCAGGCGAUGAUGUUGAUGAGCUAGAGAAAAACUUGGGGGGUCUCAAAACAUCUUCCGUUGAAGACAGUCUCGCACUGGAUGAUUUCGACCAUGCUUCCCAGCAAAGAGACUAUGCUCAAGAGUUACUCGAUGAGAGCUCCGAAGAGGAGGAACAUGAGGGCCACACUAUUCAUCAUGCCUUCGACAAGAUGUUCAACAAUCACGACGGCUUUCCCUUCGUCAUUGGUGGUGAGCGCGUAGUAGCAAACCUUGCCCGCAAACAUCCCGAGCCAAUGCAGAUGCUCAGCUUAUGGCAGAUAUACCUGGGCAACGUCAAUCCAUUGCUCAAGAUCACACAUUUCUUGAAUUUACAGAGCCAGAUAAUUGAAGCUGGCAAAGAUCUCACCAAGAUAUCCAAGCCACUCGAGGCUCUACUCUUUAGCAUUUACCUCAUUGCUGUUACUUCGAUGCAGGACGAUGAGGUCCAAAGCACCUUCGGCACUGAGAAAGGAGUCCUGGUUAGCAGGUACCAUGCCGCAACCCAACAGGCUCUCAUUAACGCUGGUUUCAUGAGGAGUGCGGAAAUUAUGGUUUUGCAAGCUUACAUCUUGUACCUCCUCAGCGUGAGGCAACAUGUGGAUCCCAGGUCGCUGUACUGUCUUAUCGGGAUAGCUGUGCGCAUGGCCCAGCGUCUUGGGAUCCAUCGCGACGGCGCGCAGUUUGGGCUGCCUCCAUUUGAAAGCGAAAUGCGUCGGCGGCUGUGGUGGGUGCUGGUUAUAUUCGACCGACGAAUAGCCCAGAUCACCGGCUCGACGGUGACAGCUCUCACGUCGAGCAAUUCAGAUUGCAACUGGCCGCUCAACAUCAACGAUGGUGACCUGCACGUUCACGCCAAGGAUUCUCCCCCUGCGUAUUCUGGACCAACCGAGAUGUUUUUCCUAUUAACGCGCAUCGAGUUGGUCAUGGCGGCGCCGGCUGGUGGUCAAGGUCCAGCCUACACAACCGCCAGCUCAGGAAGCUCACCCCAAACCCCACAGUCAACCGGCGGUUCAAGGCCCAGAUUUCAGUUCUCGCCAUCUCCAUCUGUACCGGAUGUCGUCUCCAACGCCGCAAGCCUCAAUCUCCCUGUCCACGAUCUCGAUGGACUUUGUCGGUACAUGGAUGAGGCAUACCUGAGGCAAUGUGAUCGCAAAAUCCCACUACACCUCUUCACUUACCUCUUCACGAAGCAAGCCCUCUGCCUACUGCGGGUUAUCUCCUACCUGCGCCGUGCCGCUGCCGGCUUGACUGGGGAUAUUGCAGAGCGAAAUGCUCUCUUUGCUGAGGCCAUAGGUAUCGUAGAUUAUGACAAUGCCAUAUAUGCGGCAGGCGAGCUCAAGGGGUUUCUUUGGUACUCACAGAUGUAUUUCCCACUGCCGGGGUACAUGUUACUGGCUCACGAGCUCAAAGUGCGCCGCACUGGUGACAUGGUCGAGAGAGCCUGGGACUCUAUUGUCGAGAAUCACAACCGCCGUGGCCUCAUGCGCAACCUGAAAAGCCCUGUUCAUGUCGCCCUUGGUCAUGUUUUUGUCAAGGCUUGGGAUGGCCGUAUGGCCGCCGAGGCUCGACGUGGAAAAUCCCUUUCCACCCCCGAAUUUAUAAAAAUGUUGCGGCAAACACUGGGAAAACUGACCGGCAAGGCUCCUCCAGCAGAGCCAAAACUCGACAAUAUGGGGUCUGCCGCGGCAAACACUGCCCAGCGGCCACCUCAUGGCGCGGUUCAGCAUGACUCUCAGGCUCAUCUCAGCUUUACAGAGCCCUCUAUCCAACAGCAAACAUAUCAACAGCAUGAGCAGCAGCAGCAGCAGCAGCACCUCCAACAACAGCAACAACACCAGCAACAACAACCUCAGUUACAAUUUCCUCCACCCAUGACGUCAGCAGAAGGCGCCGUUGGGAUCAGUUCCACAAUAUCCUUGGAUAAUCCUGGAAUAUAUAGCGGAUUUGAUGGCAUGAACCAAUUCCAUGACAGCCAACAGUCGGACGAUCAAAUGGAUUUCACUCCAAUGGACAUGGACUGGAUCAGUAUGAUGCCUGAAAUUGCAAACUUCAUGAUGCCGCCCCCGAAUGGCAUGUACCACCCAACGGUUGGCGGUAUGGGUAUAGGCGGCGGCGGGGCAUACGGGAUGCCCAUGUUUCAACCCCCAAUAACCCAGGCCGGAAACCCAAUGCCGCCCCAACUGCACGAGCAACACCAUCACCACCAACAACCACAGCAGAUGCCACCAUUGGGUGUACCAGCACUUGCACCUCAUCCUCAGCAAGCACAUCUUUCUCAACCACAACAUCAUCAGUACCAGGCUCAUCAACCACCACAACACCAGCCAGGGCUGCAAAUGCACCAAAGAGGCCAAUGA